UAUGCAAAGUUUACUAAUUGGUUGCCCACUGGCGGCAAGCGUAUUUAAAUGGACCCUGGAGGACGGUCAGUUCACAUGUUGGCCAACUUCAAUCGGCAGAGGAUGACUCCUUCGGUGUACUUUUACGGUGGCGAUUCGGAUGUUUUAUACUCAGAGCAUGACAGUGGACGCGAGGACGAUGUAUUCAAGCUUCAGCUGCUUUUUAUGAAGUUCAUGGGUCAGGUACCAAUGCAGUUGGAGAGACGCCUCCCCCUUGGGUGGAAAAACGUCGCCGGCAUGUUCGCCAAGAGCUACUGCAUUUUUUGUGUGAUUUCGAACUUGCAUCUGGCGAUUCUGUAUGUGAAGACGACACUGGACAUGCUGCACAAUGGCGAGCUGGAGGAGAUUACGGAUGCCUUGACAAUGGCUAUUAUAUAUUCCUUCUCCACUUUCGCGACUUGUUACUGGCUCUUCAAUGCGGAGGCUUUGAAUAGUUUCAUUGGCGACAUCAAUGCCAACUAUCGGCAUCACUCAAUGGCGGGCCUGACGUUUGUCAGUGCCGAACACUCGAUCCGCUUGGCUUACAAAGUUACGUUGUACUGGCUCAUUGCUUGCUGUGUCGGAGUGGUUUGCUGGGCCUUAGCCCCUCUUUUGCUGCGCUCUCACACCCUGCCCUUGCGGUGUUGGUACCCCUUCGAUGCAUUGAAGCCCGUCGUCUACGAAGUCGUCUACGCCACCCAGCUGUGGUGUCAGAUUUUAAUGGGUUGUAUUUUUGGCAACGGUUCAGCCCUUUUCGUGUCGGUGGUUUUAAUUAUGCUGGGUCAGUUUGAUGUUCUCUACUGCAGCCUAAAGAAUGUUGAUUAUAACGCUCAGCUGUUGGCAGGAGGAGAUCUCAUUACAUUGCGGAACCUUCAACGUGACCUACCAAGGCCGGCUGACGAUGAAUUGAACCAGUACGCACUUUUGGAAGAACAUUUAACCGAUUUAACGGCCCUGAGAGUCUCCAAACCCAAUUCCCGGCCGAGUCUUAAGGAAGCCCUACACAGCUCACUUGUAGAGUGUGUCCUUUUGCACCAAUUCAUUUUGAAGAGCUGCAAUACGUUGGAGGGACUGUUCAAUCCGUAUUGUCUUAUCAAAUCUCUUCAGAUCACUCUUCAACUAUGUCUCCUGGCAUUCGUAGGCGUGGCGGGCGAGCGUUCUACGAUGAGGACUAUUAACUUGGUUCAGUAUCUGGCUCUGACUCUAUCCGAGCUACUUAUGUUCACAUAUUGUGGUGAACUGCUCAGCAGCCACAGCAUUCGUGUGGGUGAAGCCUUCUGGCGAUCUGGGUGGUGGUUAAAUGGCAACCUAAUCAAGCGGGAUAUUUUUAUAUUUUUGGCCAAUAGCAAGCGAGUUGUAGUCGUCACAGCUGGUAAAUUUUAUCGAAUGGAUGUUCAGCGACUACGUUCGGUGAUUACACAGGCCUUUUCAUUCCUCACACUCCUGCAGAAGUUGGCGGAAAAGAAUCAGUAAUCAGGAAGUCAGAAAUGUAGCCAUUUUGCCAGAUCCACACUGGAGACACCAGCAGUCUUAUCUGAUUAAUGUGAAACACCUAUUAGCAUAAAACGGCAUUUUCGUUCAAAAUUAAUUACUCGCACAUCAAUCAAAUGCAUAUUUCAAUAAAAUAUUACGCAAGCACUGUGGUUCUACUUUAUUCAAA